UAACAGACAGAUAAUUUUAUUUAAAACGAAAACAUAGCCCAACCAAUGACAAUAGUUAGGUAACAAAUAAUAUAAUAAGAUCAUAAAAAAUGAGAUAUACGUGCAAAACCCUAAUAUUACAAAUGUAAGUCAAUACGUUGUACUGAGUGGUUCCCACUGAUUCUUAAUUUUCUCAUUUUUUCUUCUCUUAGUUUUGUCAUUUUCUCCAUUUCAACAAUUGUAUAUUAGGGAUUUAGUAAAAAUUAAAAUAAUUUAUAGUAGAUAAUUUAAAACAAUUUAUAUCUAUAGACAAAUUUGUGAUCAACUUAAACUCAAAGAACUCAGAAAAACCAGAGUCUUGCAUUAGCAUUUAUUGAUUGGAGCCAUUAAAUCUUUUAUAAUUCUCGUGAGCUUGAGCGGACAUAAAAUUCCGCAACGGUUACAUCUCUGUUUCUUGAUUUUGUUCUUGUCCGAGUCAGAUGAGUCAGCUCGGGGACCUACUGAGAGAAUCGGCGGAUGAAACCAGAAGUGGAAGGACCAUGAUGCUGAGUUUACUCGAGGAAGAUCGAAUCGACGGUGAAGAUCGAGCGACGAGCAAGUGGAGUACGCUGAAACAACGGCUGAGAUUUGAUUGGGUUGGCUGUUGCGGUGGACCCACCUUGCUGCGUCUCAGAGGAUCAGAAGCACCAGUCGCCGAGGAAGACGAAGAUGACGAGGAGGAGGAAGAAACCUCGGGUCAAAACCGGGUCGUUAACUUGUCGAAUUCGGUUCGGGAUCCGGGUUUGGUUGUGGACACGGAGUGUUUAACACGAGGCACAAGGAAUCUCGCGGAGGCUCUUGCGGAGGAGAGACUAGCGCGGGGCGAGAACGUGACGGAGGCUUCGGUUGCUAAGGUACCGUUGAUGAAAUUGCUUGCGGAAACGGAGGGUUGCGAUGCGACCACGUGGACCGGUGCUGAUCCUUUGUGUUGCGUGUGUAUGGGAAGGGAGAAAGGCGCGGCGUUUAUCCCAUGUGGGCAUACGUAUUGUAGAGUGUGUUCAAGGGAGAUUUGGAUGAACCGUGGAUCGUGUCCUCUUUGUAACCGUUCCAUAUUUGACGUUCUUGAUCUUUACUGAAAAAAAUACAUUGAUGUAUUGUUGUUAUGUUCUGAUCGACGGUAAAGUUCAGGUCUCUUUGUGCAUAUUUUGAUUGCAGUUUCAAUAAAAGGAUGAUGUAUUA